GUGGGGGUCGACUAAAGAACAUUUAUGUGAUGUUGAGCAGUGUACCUUGAGUGCUGAUCACCUUGUAGAGCUUGUCAAAACAAACUAAGAACAGAAAGGAAAGCUCUAUCAUGUUUCAGCUUUAUUUAGCUAGCUAGAUGAAGAAGACAUUAUAGCACUGUAACUUGUGUCACUGCCCUGUUGAAAAAUCCAGAUGAACACUGCAACUGAUUUUAUUUAGGCUGAUCUAUGAGAAAACUAUGUUAUUCUAUGCUAAACUAGUCUAGCAUCUUAGCUCUUGACCAGCACAGCUGUUAAUUUCAUUUGAGUUUGAUGGUUCAUCUGGUCUAUCAGUGUGACCAAGGUGGUUGACCAGUGCAUUAAAGAACACUAGCAUGGUAAACAAUUGAUUCUCAAACUGAACAUACUAAUAACACUCAACUACAAUCGCAAAGUGUGCUUGCUGGUGAAUUUGUGGAGUUGGUCAAGAUACAGAUAUACAAUUCAGUGCUCAGUUGCCUAAGCUUUCAUGUAGCAAUAUUCAUAUUUUGACCAGGAGAGUCAAAUAUGGACAGAAUACAGAAUGACACAAGACUUCAGUGGUAUAUAAAUAUACUCAAAAGCUCUUUAGUAGAAGACUAGGCUUAAUCCUUGUUUUGAAAACUGUUAUUGUUCUACACUGGAUGGUUUCCAAUUAAUGGAACAGGUAGUAGCUAUGUUCCACUCGAAACAUAUAGAGCCCUGAGGGAACUGUGGAAAGUCUAAGACGGCCAUGUUUAUCUGAGCAGUCUAGCGUUGAGCAGAACAUGUUGCUCAUUUCCCAGGAGAUUAACAUUCCUAAUGAAUUCUCCACAUCACCUCCCAGUCAUAACUACUCCAUAGCCUGGGGCUCCUGCAUACAAACAGAUUUCUCUAACAGAUAGGCCUAACUAACACACACUGGUAUGGCCAUGCAGUUUAAGACAUCACUCACAGACUUGAGUUCUCUACACGGUUAGGUCACCGUCCCAGAAGCCAUACUGGUUUGUCAUCAGAGCCCAAGUUAUACCCACACCAGAGACACUCAUUAAAAAAAGGGCUUGGGGGGUGUGUCCAGCACAGGCCAAUGGAAAACCGUUGGAGAGAAACAUCCAUGGGAGGUUUGGGGGCAAUAGAGGGUAGAGACAGAGGGAAGGAGGGAGGGUAGAGGCAGGGAUAGACUUAUAGAGAGGGUAAAGAAUGAGAGGGGGCUUGAAAGAAAGUGAAAGAGUGGGUUAAAGGCAACACGUUCUGGCUCAUUUAUUUUUAGUCAACCCGUGAUAGCGUUGUGCAGCGGUAAUGAUUCAUGGAGGGUCGAGAGAGAUAGAGCCCGAGAUAAAGGGAGCCACUGCCACCUUGGCUACGCUCCAACAAGCCUGCAGUGGAGUAGCCUGAUACAGGGGGCGAGAGGUGGGGGGUGGGGGGAAAAGCAGAAGAGGGCUGGGAGAGGGAGAUAGAGAGAGAGAGAGCAAGAGAGGAAGUAAGACAUAGGGUGGGAGUGAUUGGGGUUUAGAGAGAGACACACUAGAGAGAAGAGGAAGAGAAAGAGAGAGUGACAAAAUAAGAAAGAGGAGAGAGUGACAGUUAGAGAGAGAGACAUAGGGUCAAAACGAGAGAGAGAGAGAGAGAGAGAGAGAGAGAGAGAGAGAGAUUGGCAUUGGUUUAGAACAAGGGAGAAAAAGUGACAGACAGAGAGAGGAACAUAGGACAAGGAAGAAAGAAAGAAAAAGUAAAGUAAAAAAAAAAAAAAAAAACAGAUAAAGAGAGAGACAUAGGAAUGGUAAAUGUUAUGACAAGGCAGAGAAGGGCAACAGAGGCCAAGACUGUGAUCAUGUGACAUCUGGUAAAAGAGAGCACUUGCAAUUCCAAAGGUAUUCAAGGAGGAGCUGCUCUGAAUUGACUGACCAGCAGUUAAGGAGGCAGCUUUGAUUUGACUUCUGGCCUAAGGAGGUGCCAACUGGCGUCACUGGAAACUCCUGUUCAUAGUUAAUGGAAGACCUACGUCUGGUCAAAGACAAACAAACAUCUCUGCUCUGCUGCUGACUGUGCCAUGUGACCUGGACCACCUGUGAGCACCUGCAAAGAAACCUGAGUCUCCAAGGGUUUGUGAAGGAGGUAAAAAGAAACCCACGGAAGCCCCUGGAGAGGUGAGCUAACUGGAGUUCAGAAGCCAGAGGUCAAUGCUCUGCUAAGACUGGACAAGUCUGCAACCAAGGCGGCAUCAUGAACUGGAGCUGAACUGCAGUGUCAACAUAGUACCAACUAGGGGUAUCAAUAUUGUGUUGAAUUGCAGCAUUAUUUUGGCAAUAUUGUAUUGUAGUAUCUUCAGAAACAGUAUCGAUUAUCAAUUUUUAGUUUAUAUGUUAAGAUGGUGGUAGACAGUGGUUCAUCUUGUAUUGUGUUUAAAGUUUAAACCACUGAACAGCAGUGUUGUAGUCACUGGUGUCAUUAGGUUCCACUGUUCAGACUGCAGGAAAAGAAACUUUUUCUUUUAUUCAGCUUUUAUAAAUAUGAUGCCUAGUUUAUUUAUAUACUAUGACUUAAAAAUAAUAAUAAUACAGCAUAUUACCAUGCUUACAGUAUCACAGUACUGUGAUAAUCACAUUAUGUUGAAUUGUUAGCCCUCUAUUAUAUGUACCACAAUAUCGAAAAGUUAUUGCAAAUAUAAAGCCCUGGUAUCAACACCAGUAUUGUUUAUAGAAGACUGAUUAACGUUCACAACAAUUUAAUGGAACUAAGAAUUUGAACCAUGAAUUUAAUGCAGCGUUUUUAGCUUUUUUAAGAAAAUGUCAUUUAUGUAAUCUAUGUGCAUUAGACAUGCUGCAAUAGAACAAUGCCUUCCCUUGAAGGAUGAGGACUGUUGUCACUGCUGGAAUGCUGAUAUCUGAUUAGUGUGCAUAUUUGAGCCUUAGGGUCACUACUGCUUCUCCUCAGCUCAGACAGUCAUUCACUCCUGAGCUCUGAAGCUGAAACCGUGCCAGGACUUAUAUCCGCUCACCUGUGCACAGGAGAGAGGGCUACGUGAAGAACAAGAAGAAGGAGGAGGAGGAGGAGGAGAAGAAAAGAGAGUGGGAAGAGAAGCAGGACGUGCAGUCCAGGACAGAACCUACAAGAGUUAACAAACCAGAAGACGAAGAACUCAGAAGGUGGGCAGGGUGGGUGACACUGCCCUGCUCACUGUGGUGCUUCUUGCUUGGGUAUCUUAAGGAAUACAGAACUAACUGGAGAGAAAUCCUGAUUUGAAAGGCAUAUUAUAGGAUAAAAAUUCUAUCUAGUGAGGAGGACAGAGGAAGAAGAUGCCUGAGAACAAGCAGGCGGUCCAGAGGACAGGAAGCUACCUCUCGCACUCCGCUUACAGGAAAAUCAAAAGGGUGCUGAGCUUCAAGAGGCGAGUGUUUGGUCAGCGGCUAGAAGAGACGGUGCUGUAUGAGCGCCGCUAUGGCGAUCACAUGGCUCCUCUGGUGGUGGAGCAGUGUGCCGACUUCAUCAGGGCACGGGGGUUGCUGGAGGUGGGGCUGUUCAGACAGCCCGGCCAGGCCACUCUGGUCAAAGAGCUUCAGGAAGCCUUUGAUGCAGGAGAAAAACCAUCAUUUGACAGCAGCACGGAUGUCCACACAGUGGCAUCAUUGUUGAAGUUGUAUCUCAGGGAACUGCCUGAACCACUUGUGCCCUUCUCCCGCUACCAAGAGUUUCUUAUGUGUGGCAAGAAAAUCCCUGCAGACAGGGAGCAGGGACUGCUAGAGUUAAAAAGCCUUCUACAUGAACUUCCUGUAGCUAACUUCAACCUGCUGAAAUACAUCUGCCAGUUCUUAAAUGAGGUCCAGGCAUACUCAAGCACCAACAAGAUGAGCAUCCAGAACCUAGCAACUGUUUUUGGGCCAAACAUCCUCCGACCCAAAGCUGAGGACCCCGAGAGUAUUAUUGGAGGGGCAGCAGUAGUGCAGCACCUAAUGUCAGAGCUGAUCAGAGAGCACUGCAUGCUGUUUUUGAAAGAAAACCAACACAGCCCUCCAGGAACCUCGGCACCAGCCUUCACUCACACCCACAGACACUGCAGUCAGGUGGAGUGGGUGUUCUCAGAGUCCACUGGGCAUUUAAGUGAACCUCAGGUGGGACAGAGUGGCGAACAACCACCUCAACAAACUCAACAGACAUCCAUGCAGGGCUCAAGAAAACUGUCCCUACCCCUUAUGACGGAGAGGAGAUCAUCCUACCAAAGUUUCCGAACCCAACGUCUUAUGUCCGAGACACAGCACCGGAGGCCUCGGGCUUCUCCUCAGCCCAGCUCAGCUCUGAUUUAUGAGAAUCACAGUCUCUUAGCGCUGUCUCCCAGCACAGAACUUAUCCCUUGUCUGACUAGCCCACCUUCUGCGUCGUCCUCCAUGACCGCAGUCGCAGAAGGUGGAGACGACUACAUGCAGGCCUGUAGCUGGCCUGAUGUAGAACAGUCUGAAUGGAGGAAUGACAGAAUCCACAUGGACAGCGGUGGAAACAGCGAUGCCCAGGACAGCACCCUGUCAGUAUAUGACAAUAUGGGCACUGAGGUGCAAGCAGAUGGACUUGUGGAAGAUCAAGAGGCAGCCUCUGAAAUAAAAGGACUGGAGGCAUCUCCUAGUUUGGCUGACAGUAGCAGCUCUUGGUCCUCCUGCGAAAUCUUGCCCAUGGACGGGGAAGGCAGGCGCGACAGAGUGGCUAGUCUCUGCCACGGCGCUGUACGUUUCUCUUCCUUUAGAACUGACUCUGGAGAAGGGGACCCACGUCCAAACUCCCCUGCCUCCUCCUCUGCCCCCACAGAUGCCCCUCUGAGUACAGGCAGCAGUGAAGUCUUUCUUCCGAAUGGGGACCCACAAGGUCCUGUUGCCUCCCAAGCAAUACAGUGCCUACUGACUGGGCUCCGGCAGCAAAUGGUCAGACAGAAGGCAGAGUAUGAGGCUAAAAUCAACAGGCUGGAGCAGCGGAAUGAGGACCUCCAGGGGCAGGUGUUGGGACUGCGGGCUUCUCUGGAGCAGCAAAGGCACUGGGCGAGUGCAGCAGAAAUAAAGAUGAGGAACGUGGAACGAGCCAGAGCGGACGCAGACCGGCGCAACACCACACUGCAGAGAGAGAUGGAGCAGUUCUUUCAUACUUUUGGAGAACUCAACUCAGAGGCCCGUAAAACAGAGCGCAUCAUUCAAAGCGUUUGACUGCCAAACACUGCCACCAGUCUCUGUUACUGGUUUUGGAUGGUCUGAGACUGCAGUUCUUAAACUGGGGGCUUGAUGGGAAACAAAAAAAGUGGUAUUUGAUGGUAAAGGUAGUUGAAAACCUGGUCAUUCACGUUGAAGGAUCUUUAUCAAACACUCAACAACAAAAAAAAGUGCUGCCUCUGAUUUUGGUCACUUUGGUCUUGCUGGUCGUGGUGGUUUAUCAUGCUUGUAGACUGGCUAAACCAGUAAAUCACUGGUCAAAAUCUAAGUUGGUCAACCAGCUUUACCAGCAUGGAACUACCCUGCUGUAAAAAUCAGCAUGAACGAUCAUAAAUUGAUGAUUAUGGGUAGUAGGGGGAGUUCAAAGUUUUAAAUGUGAGAUAUUUUAAAUAUAAAGCAACUGUGUCAAAAUGUCUAGUUUAAGCUGGUGACUUGUACUGGAAAACUGUAAAAGUGUCUUAAGUGUCUUAAGCCCUAUCCGGACAGGCUUAGUUUCUCGGGGGACGUCUGUGAAAAAUAUUUCACACUUCUACUCAGUGAUAAAACACCUGCAUUCGGAAUGCAAUAAAAAAAAAAAAAAACAGGAGGACGAGUGAGUUUUUUGGUUUUCUCAGUCACAUGACCUCACGUUCAGUAGCUCCUCCAUUUCCACUCGCUUUUGUGUUUACGUGGAUCUCUGUGGAAACGCGCGCCAAAAGUGUAAUUACGGUGCGUGUCAGUGGACAAAUAGCUAUUUUAUUAAACGCGACAACCACGUUCAGCGAGUUCAGCGAAAACCAGUAGGUGAUUCUGCCUGUAAUUUUUUUCAGAGGACGUCUGAGAAAAACACAUACAUGGUCGUUCCGGACGGAAAUAAAAUCACCCCCAUAAAAGGGAAAAUUACCCCAGGACUCCCUGAGAAACAAAUUCUGUCCGAAUAGGGCUUUAGGCUUGCAGCAAUAAAAAAAGAAAUAGCCUUCUGCCUCCCUCAGGAGAAGGCCUGAGUGUUUCAAGUAUUCAAGUAGUGCAGGUGCUAAGAACAGAGUAGAAACCAGGUGGACCAGCAUGAUCAUCAUGAAACAGCUGACUGUCUGAAAGAUGGAUUUUGUUAAUCAGGUAUUCAGAGAGAAUGGAACAACCCAAAAGAUGGGUUAGACAUAGUUCUAGCAAGCAUGGAAGUAGGGGAAAAAAUUAAGACAGGACUUUUUAUGAAGUAUUAAUGUAUUGACUCUAUAUCUGAAGCUGGUGCUUUCAUGGAAAUUUUACUUAUAUUUAGGAAUAACCUAACCUGUUAAUAAAUUCCAUUCAAAUUCAUAUGUAUAUACACACACACAGACACACCAUGAAACCUGCUAUGCAUUUAUACAGAAAUAAAAAACAUAUAUAAGAAAUGUUGAACCAGCACAUCAUUAAAAUUUUUCUUUUUAUUUG